AUGUCGACGGCCGCCAGACGCCGCUUAAUGCGGGACUUCAAGCGCAUGCAAACCGACCCGCCUGCUGGCGUCUCUGCUUCUCCGAUACCCGACAAUGUCAUGACGUGGAACGCCGUGAUCAUCGGACCCGCAGAUACACCGUUCGAGGAUGGCACAUUCCGUCUUGUGAUGCAGUUUGAGGAACAGUAUCCCAACAAGCCGCCGCAAGUCAAGUUUAUCAGCCAAAUGUUCCACCCCAACGUAUACGCAACGGGCGAGCUGUGCCUGGAUAUCCUACAAAACAGGUGGAGUCCCACGUACGAUGUUGCCGCAGUGCUGACGAGCAUCCAAAGUCUUCUUAAUGAUCCCAACACGGGCUCGCCAGCCAAUGUCGAAGCAUCGAACCUCUACAAGGACAACCGCAAAGAAUACACAAAACGAGUCAGGGAAACGGUCGAGAAGAGCUGGGAGGACUAA